UCGAAUGAAAAAGGAGGAUUAGACUGCAGCAGAUUGUAUAUCCUUAUCAAACAAAACGUUCCCCUACCACCUUUCCACCACAUCACCCUAAGGUAAGCAAGCAAUACCAACUAUUUUCUUCAUUUCUUUCCUUUUUCUUCAAGUACAUCUCUCCCCCCCUUCUCCAAUUUCCAGGUUGUUGAAAGAUGUAGUUGAGUAUUCUCCUUAUCUACCUUACCUUGCUCAAUGCGUACUCAUGAGACCAUUCUCUUAAUAUCAGCUGCUCUCUUUUUGCAUAUCGCACUUCAUCAUCUUUUCUAUUUUCAUCAUAUUUUACUCAGGCAAACACUCUCAAGACCUUAGCCUAAUCUGCACUUUUUUCUGUCAAGUGAUCAGUGGCGUCAAGAUACAUCUCUUAUUCCUAGGAUUUCCAUGAAACAUUCUCUCUAUCCAGUUUGGUGUUACAGAUAAUAGAGUUCAUUUAAAUCCUGAAAACAGAAGUUAAUUCAAUCCAAGGAAGAGCCAUCAUGCCUUUUGGGUUGGUCUCCGCGUGGAACAAGCGCCGAAGAAGCAGGUCCCAAGAACACACAGAUCCCUGGGUUUACAAACCUGUGGAGUUUUGGCAACUCGAGGAGCAAACUCCCCAGGCCACACAAAGACACCAUGUAUCUUCAGUUUUCACACUCAAGGAAAUGGAGGAGGCAACUGGCUCUUUUAGUGAUGAACAAAUGCUUGGAAAAGGAGGAUUUGGUAGAGUUUACCGGGGCACUCUGCGGUCAGGAGAGGUUGUAGCAAUCAAGAAAAUGGAGUUGCCACCAUUUAAAGAAGCUGAAGGAGAACGAGAGUUUCGUGUAGAAGUUGAUAUCUUGAGCAGGCUCAACCACCCAAAUCUGGUAUCCUUGAUAGGAUAUUGCGCUGAUGGGAAGCACAGGUUUCUAGUGUAUGAAUAUCUGCAAAAUGGGAAUCUGCAAGAUCACUUAAAUGGAAUUCGGAAUGCAAAAAUGGAUUGGCCCUUGAGGCUUAAAGUGGCACUUGGAGCAGCAAGGGGACUGGCUUAUCUCCAUUCCAGUUCUGCAGUUGGGAUUCCAAUUGUUCACAGAGAUUUUAAAUCCACUAAUGUUCUCCUAAAUGCCAAUUUUGAUGCCAAGAUUUCUGAUUUUGGGCUUGCUAAGUUGAUGCCAGAGGGCCAUGAGACAUAUGUGACAGCUAGGGUUCUGGGCACAUUUGGCUAUUUUGACCCGGAGUAUACAUCGACAGGGAAACUCACUUUACAAAGUGAUGUUUAUGCAUUUGGAGUGGUUCUUCUUGAGCUUUUGACAGGACGCAGAGCUGUAGACUUAAGUCAGGGACCAACUGAUCAAAACCUUGUACUACAGGUUAGGCAUAUACUGAAUGAUCGGAAGAAGUUACGUAAGUUGAUAGAUCCAGAUCUAAGUCGGAAUUCAUACACAAUGGAAUCUAUAGCCAAGUUCGCAAACCUGGCAUCACGUUGUGUCCGUGUUGAGAGCAGCGAGAGACCCUCCAUGACUGAAUGUGUAAAAGAACUCCAAAUGAUCAUAUAUACAAAUUCAAAAGGCUUGGGCACAGCAUUGCGUACAUUCAAAAUGGUCAAAUAGACCUGAUGAAUUAUCAGCAACCAGAAACUCUAUUACAUCAGUAAUAAACGUUAUUUAUUUUCCUCA